UCCUGCAGUUACAACUUCGGUCGUGGUUAACGUGCCGUAUAGGCGGGAUCUCUGCCAUGUCAGUGAUGUCUACCACUCUGCCGUCCUGAUGAGUCUCUACUAAGUGCUGGUAUAUUUGAAAGCUUUCAGGUGGUACAUGAGUUCGUUUCAACUAGCCGUAACCGACAAUUCAACUAAUCAACAAGGGAACAAGCUGCAUACCAGCUAGCAUGAAAAUUAGGUGUCCUGAAGAAACCUCGGGGCAAGAAAGGUUGGGUACACAUACCAUGAUGAUGUCAGUUUAUUCGACGUGUGUUCAAAAGUUUCUGGAAUGCGCCUAACGUUUGUCUUAAAGUGUCAGCAGGACUGAGCUCGGAAUCAGUGCUAUUCAUCCUAUGCACAGGUGAGUCCCCCUAACAACCUUAUUAAGAUUUGACGCACUGAGACUGAAGCAUGCAUCUAUUGUUUUGUUGUAUUGUAUUACGUUAUAACUGUGAUCUAUUAUUUGGAUGAAGUUACCACCGAGUACCUUCAACAGGACUCUGACGGAGGUAACGCUAAACAAUACUAUUUUCCAUUACUUCCUUUCCUGGAGGAACAUAUAGCUCGUAGCUUUCGUAGCUUUAGUUUCGGUGGUGGUAUUUCGCUGCCAGCUUGGGUUUCUAGCCCCACGGCUAACCGUUUUAUCCCUCAGUUUCAUUUAAUAACAUAUCGGUAAACUUUACUGUUACGACAGGCGUUUGGUCCACUAUGUGUUGAAGAUGCAGAGUGAAGGAGUGUAGACGGCAAUGCAGUCCACGCUACUAACAUGUGGACCCGUAAAAUCUGAAUAGUAAGACCUCAAUAGGACCUGACACAAGACUGGCUAUGGUUCUGAAUAAAAAGCACAAUAAAAUUCAUCGAAACUGGAGGCCAACUUACUUUGAAUUCAGGAGGUUAUAUGUAUUCAGAGUAUGACUAAUAUACAGACUAUGUAACUUGCUUUUAAAUGAAUGUGAGUUGGUUGGGAUUACUAAAUAAGUGCUUAAUUUUCAACUAUAAAUUAUUGUCGAGGUUUUAUGGUGAAGUAAGUUCCUAGUGCGGGUGUUACUACGAAUCUGAUAAAACUUUCAAAUGGCCACUACCAAGUGUUUCAACAUAAUUCCAUGAACCAAUGUGGUUGAUUACUGGCUUUGACUUAGUGCAACGGUAUGAAAGCUUGAGUAGCUGUAAUGCUGACCAGUGUUCUGUUUCAUUUUGUUUCAGACAAAAUCUAGGGAGUCAGUUCUCUGUCGCAUGAAGGAUGCCAACUGUGAGGAUGCGACAAUAACAAAGAGAAGAAGGCGUGUGGAUUGUUUUAUCCCCGUAAUAAAUUUUUUGACUAUUUUAGCUAGACUGGAACUUGUCGCACUCAAUCCACUGAAGAACUAAGGAGAGAAUUGCAACAGUACGACAUGGCGAUUUCUAAUGAAGAAAUUAUCUCUGAAGAAUUACAUAGUCUUUUUCACGAUGCGUGUGAGGACGGAAAUAUUCGCAUGUGCAGAACGCUGAUAGAAAUUGGACGAGUAGAUGUAAAUUUAACGGAUAGACUGGAUUUUGCACCGAUCCAUAAAAGUGUCUUUUCUGGAAACCUCAAAUUAACAUCAUUACUUUUAAGAUGUGGCGCAGACGUUAAUCAGUGUGAUCGUCAGGGAUACACAGGUUUACACCGGGCCUCCUGUAAUGGUUUCUAUAAGUUAGUCAAGUGUUUAUGCUACUAUGGAGCCAACCCGAAUUCUCAGAACGAAGAUGGUGCCACUCCAUUACAUUUAGCUGCACGAUAUGGGCAUAAGAAGUCUUGUCGAAUCCUUGUGUGUUAUGGAAGCGAUAUCAAUGUUCAGAAUAACUUGGGUCAUACUCCACUCCACGUUGCAACACUUCACAAUCAGAGGCGUAUUGUGACGAUGCUGUUAAAUUUACACGCGAGGAUUGAUUUAGUUGACGCUAAAUUAGAUAAUCCGAUGCAUAUUGCAGUAUCAAUGGGACAUCGUGACAUCUUGAAGCAAUUAUUACGAGUUAACAAAGAUAGAAUGGAACUGGGUUGUUUUUCUCGUGAUACUAGUAGACCGGACGAGAAUAUAGAUAUACGUCAGAUGACUAAUGCUGAAGAUAAUAAAUCAAUCGAUAUCGCCUUUGGCGAACGCCGUCAUGAAAUCAUAAAUAUUAUGAAGGCAGAUUUAAAAGAAAAACAUGAAGUAUCAAAAUAUUCAUAUUAUCGUCUGCAUCCUGCUGUAUUGGCAUUGGAAGAUAUUUGCAAUCUGAGAAGAAAUUCAAUGAAUCCAGCAAACAAUGACAUGAACACUAGUCUCCAAAGCUCUAACGGUAGCGAUGAUACAACUUCGUCUGAGGAGGACCUACCGACAAUGAUAUGCAAUAGAGGUGAAAAAUGGAGAUGUUCAGAUAAUAAGAAUUUGAAAUGCAAAUAUAUUCAUAAUAACCUUAACGAGACAACACUUUCCUCAAACACUCCCGAUUCAUCACAGGAUGAAGAUUUUGAAAAGGAUAAGUUUAAUGAGUCACCUAGGGAGAGUAUCCAUGACGAAGCAAUAAUAUCAACUGGGACACGUUUCAAGCCGUAUUGCAAAGUGUGCUCGCGGAAUAUGCAAAAUGAAUCUGAUUCUUUAACUUCAAAUAAACCAUCUACAUCUAAUUCUCCGCGAAAAGAAAGUACUAAAUCAAACUGGUUCGGUCGACUCCUAUCGAAAAUAUUCAAAAUUAAAAAGAAAUCGUCAGCCAAAUGAAGAUGGUCUACUCUCACAAGUGCAUGGCUGAGACCAGCCAAUACUAUUGUAACCCAAGAAAAAUCAUUUCAAGCUGCGAUUGAUAGAUUCUGCUCUUUAUAUCGUGUCUGACAUUUAUUAUUUUUUAUGCUGUAUUCAUUAGACUCACGUAUUUUCAUAAAUAAACUCUU